UUUUGGGCAGAAAAGAACAACAAAAUGAGCAGAAAUAAUAGGCCUUCGCAGCGCUUCCUCUGCUUGGGCCUACUAAGCAGCUCAAACAUACAAAAUAAAACUCCUAUUGAUGUGACUUCUGCUUUGGCACAGCAGGCCUCUCUAUUGUUACUCUAUUGUUUACCUCCAUUCACAAUCUCCAUAUUACAUCCUACUCUGAAUUCUGGCUUUGCUGAUCAAAACGUUAGAACUUGUCAGAAGAAACAUGUUGGUCCAAUUAAACUUACUUUAAAACUAAAUCUGCCAGAUGUAUGAUCAAUUUGGGGCUUAAAUACAUUUCAGUCCCAAUGUAUUGGGGCUGAAAUGUAUUGGGGCAUUUGUAUUGCCACAAUACAAAUGCCCCUGUCAGCAGGUCAAUUUGUUGAGUCAAAUUGACCUUUUAACUCAACGGGUCAAUUUAUCAUGGACCUGUUGAAUGCAACACAUGAAUAGAAAUAAAAUUGUGUUUGUUAUGGAGACAACAAAGAUUCAAAGAAGGUCAAACCUAUGAUAUAUUUCAGGUUAAAGUAAAUCCAAGUCUAAUCGUACUCAUCUGAACUGUGAUAUUAGUUAUUUUUUUAAUGCAUCUGCAGGUAACAGAUAACAGGCACAAUGAUUUCCUAUACUUGUUUUUAGGCUGUGAAGUGGAAAUUCUGAAUGUCCGUCCAGAAUUCUGCAAAGAAUAUGUUACCAGUCCAUCAGAAGAAGAUCUUAUGCAUUCGAUAACCAGUUCACUUGCUGCCUUGAGUUCAGGAAAAGCAGACAUGGCAGCUGUUUACUAUGAGAAAAUAGAUGUGGAAGGACAUCACUUUGGCCCAGAGUCUCUUCAGGUCAAAACUGCUGUGCAACACCUCGAUCUCACCAUGCAGAUCCUAAACCAAAAAAUCAAGGACAGCAACCUGGAGAAUCAGCUAAAUGUGAUGUUAUUUUCAGAUCAUGGUAUGACAAAGAUCCAGUGGAUGGAGAAGGUGAUAGAAUUGGACAAAUAUAUAGACAUGUCAGACAUUGUGAAGAUAAUGGAUAGAGGACCAGUAGUCAGCCUGUGGCCUAAAAAUACCACAUACCAAAAGGUCUAUGCUGCCUUGAGCCGGGUCCAUAACAUGCGUGUCUAUUCCAGGCAGGAAAUCCCUGAACGGUUCCUUUACAAAAAAGGGAAGUUUGUUUCCUCUCUUACUUUGGUUGCUGAACCAGGCUGGUUUAUCACUAAGAACAAGACAACAUUACCCUACUGGAAAAAUGACUCUGGGGAGGCAUCAGCUUGGCAAAAUGGCUGGCAUGGUUAUGAUAAUGAGUUCCUUGACAUGAGAGGCUUUUUCUUGGCGGUAGGACCAGACUUCAAGAAGAAUGUUCGAGCAGCUCCAAUUAGAUCAGUGGAUGUCUACAACCUGAUGUGCUGGACUUUAGGUGUACAUCCUUUGCCUAAUAAUGGAUCUUGGUCUCGAGUUGAGUACCUACUAAAUGGCUCUGAAAGUCCGUUACAGUUUGGAAUGCUUUGGACCUGCAGUAUGGGUUUACUGGGAGUACUGUUAGAAUUUUACUAGAGCAUGCAAAUGAAUUAUCUUGUAUAGAUUUCAGUUGCAAUGAUCUGCUAUGGUUAGUGAAAAAAUAAUUACAAAUUUAAUUACACUUAUACUUCUGACAAGUACAAAUACUGUAAUUGUACUUUUAAUGUACGUUUCAAUUUACUUCUGUUUUUAUUUUGCUUGAUUUUUAGAUUGAUAAAUACUAUCCAUGAUAUCAUUUUGCUUUGUAUUGUUGUUGGUCAAUGUUUUUUUUCCUCUUUUUUUUUUUUUUAAUCUAAGAACAUUUUUAGUUACCAUAAACUGAUGAACUAAUUAACAGUAUAAAAAAAACUGUAACAUUCAAGGAGAAUAUAUGGUUGGCCAAAUGUCAAAUUACAAAAAUUGUUCCCCAAAAAACUGAAUAACUUCACGUAAAAAUGACCACAAUGGGUUGGUCUCACAGUUAGAGAUUGGCACCACUUGUUUUGUGAGCUUUCUGAGAAUCUGCAGUGAACUAAACUGAAAACAGAGGUGCAGUUUUGAAAAUUAACAAAUGGAUAAUGGACAAGUUCUGUCAGCAAAGCUGAAAUUUGUUGAUUGUUACAAAACAAUUAAUAGGUCCAAAUUUGAUUAUAGGCUAUAAGACUGAGAGGAAGAGGGGAAAAAAGCAUUAUAAAAAAAUUUAAUGGGACCCUGUGAUUCAGAUUGGAAUCACAUGGUGCUCUGUUCCACACUGACUGCUUGUUGUUUUAUGUGUUGUUUUUACCGUACAUUUUUUUUUAGAACCGCAGUAUUUUGGGGUAUAUUUUUCCUGCAGUGUCUCAACAACAAUGCCAUGUGCCCUUUAGCAUCAAUUGCAGGUUGAAAAUAACCUGCAUGCUGCUCACAAACUGCUGAGGUUUGAGCUCCCAUUCUUCUUUAAGAGCAGCCUUCAGGUCAUUGUGGCUGAGGGAUACAGAGUUAGAGCCUCUACACAAUGACUCAACUGAACCCACAGGUUUCCUAUCUAAGGUAUUUUAUCACAUAAAUAAAGCAAUGUACAAUAAUACUGAAAGCAUCAGAAUUUUCACAUUUAAAUGUUCUCCCUAGACACAAAACAGAUAAAUUCUUGAAAGCUAGCUGUCCUACUAAUUAAUAAAAAAACACUCAAAGAAAUAAAAAUAAAAAUAGAAAAUAAAAUAAAAAAGGAACAGGGGAUCUCUCAAAGAAAUUCAGAAAAGGGCUGUAAAACUUGCUUUGCUGUGGUUUUAGAAUCACAAACUGUAUAUCUAAUUUUUUCUAAGCCUAUAGGGACAUGUAAGAUAUGUCAUGUCCUUUGUUUUGUUUGUAUUCAAAAUGAGAUCAUUGUUUUUACACCAUGACACAAAACAGUUCACCAGAUCUCUUUUCUCAGCCUCUUGUUCAUCUCUGAUGCAACCAAUAACUGCAGAGUCAUCUGAGUAUUUCUGUAGAUGACAAGUCAGAGUUGUGCCAUUAGUCUGAAGCGUAGAGAGUGAAAAGGAACGGUGAGAGUACAGUUCCCUGCAGUGCUCCUGUGUUGUUGUUGCUGGUCAGUCUCAAACUGUGGUCUGUGAGCUAGUCAUAUAUCCAGGUGAUUGUUCAGGCCUUCACUUGGGUCUUCUGAAUUUUCUGACAAAGCAAAUCAGGCUGAACUGUAUUAAAUGCACUGGAGAAAUCAAAGAACAUGAUCCUCACAGAGCUGCCAGCUUUGUCCAGAUGGCAGUGGGUUUGUUGAAGCAGGUUUAUGACGGCAUCUUCAACUCCAACUUCAUGAUGAUAACCAAACUGCAGGGGGUCCUGAUAUGUGCUUGAAUGCUUAGUAAAGUGGAACAACAGGAAUCUCUCCAGGACAUUCAUGAUGUUGGAUGUCAGGGAAACAGGUCUGUAGUCAUUGAUGACUGAUGGGUAAGGUGGGGAAUCAACCACACAAGCCACCUCUUCUGAGCCUGUAUCUUUCCAAUCCCAUAUCUUUGGUGCAAGAAAUGGCUUAUUUGGAACUACAACAUUGGAAAUCACAAUGGGACUGUUGUGUUCAGAUUAUCUCUGAGACGUGGCUUCACCAGGGAAUACCCAAUGCAGUCUGCAACUUGCAGGUCGCACUCUGCUCUGCUGGGAUAGGACUUUGGAUUCUGGUAAAAGCAGAGGGGGUGGACUCUGUAUAUAUGUGCAUGAAAACUGGUGUAACAACAGAACAGCUAUAGACAAACAGAAGUUGAGAACUUAUCUGUUAGGUGUUGGUCACCUGACCCACCACUAAUAACAAACAAGAACCGACUUCACACAAUGAACACAAAGGGGUAUUUAUACACAAACAAAGGCUAGCCUACACAAUCAAGGGGGAUGGGGGGAACAGACCAAGACAGACAAUGAGCAAACCUAAACAACUAAUUCAAUCCAACAUAUAACUACAACACAAAUGUGAAAAAAAAACUUAAUACCAUAAACCAAUUGUACUAAUAGUACAAUUGGUUUAUGGUACAAAAACCAAUUAGUUUUUAGUACCAUAAACUAAAAACUAAGGUAGAUUCUCCAGAGUCAAGUCCCCUGAUGGACUGCUCCAUGUCUUGGUUUUGCCUUACAACCAGUCCUCUUCCCCAGCCAAUCACUGGGUGGGGAAAAGGUGAAGGAAACUCCACAUACUGCCCUCUUCUGGAAACUCCAUGGGCCAGCAUGUUAGGUAGUCAGCGGUAGAGUUCAGCUUCCUAGGAAUGUGAUGGACAUCAAAUUGAAAUGGUUGCAUAAUAUUGGUGUACAUGAAUCAUAUCAUUUCAGGUGCACAGUAACCUGCGCAGUUUGGUGGACACAUUGUUCCACCGAACUAUGUGAGCUGCAUUUAAUAAAGUGUCAUUCGACGUAUUAAUGCACAAAAAAGAGUUGUGGUGAUCUGUAUUUAUCUAGUUAAUUUAAUUCCAAUAAAAACCUGUUUCCCC